UGCGCAGGUGCCGAAUUCCGGAAGUUCUCCUUCUGUACGUGGCAGAGAAUUUGUGUAUUUUGAUACGUGUUUACGCAUAUAGUGUUAAACUCUAAGUCAUUCAUCAUAUAUAAUUAGCAAAAGCUAAGAGAACCUCACAAAUAAGAUAAAUACCCAUUCGAGGAUAAAAUGAAACAAUGAAUCCACAGUACCAAGGAAACCAAGGCCAAAUGCCUCCUACAGGUUAUGGACAGCAACCAAUGGGACCAGGUCAAAGACCACCUGGUCCAACACAGAACAUGUACAAUGGUCAAAGUAUGAAUCAACCACAAUUUCAACAAUGUCCGCCAGGGCCUGGGCCAGGUCAAUUUGGAACAGGACCUCCAAAGCCAUAUGGUGGACAACCUCCAACUCAAAAUGGACCUCAACCAGGGCAUGGACCAGCUGGUCCCCAGGGAGACAAUCAGUUUGGAAUGAAUAGAGGCCCACCUCAAAUGGGUGCAAGACCACCAGUUAGUAUGCAGAAUUUUCCAGGUCAAGGUGGUCCUAGACCUGGACCACCUGGAGGUCCAGCGGGCCAGCCAGGUUUUCCUCCAUCUACAGGACCAGGCGGCAUGCCAAUGCAAAGACCAGGUCCACCAUCAUCACAACCAAACAUGGGUGGCCCCGGUGGACAACAACAUAGACCAGGCUUCCCUCCUCAAUCAGGACCUGGACAUCCACCUACUUCUGCUAGCCAGUUGCCAAGUCAGAUGGGUGGUAUGAAUUUAGGAGGACCUAGUGGACCUAUGCCACCUCAACCUGGAAGUGGACAUGGCCCACCAGGUCAGUUUGGUGGUCCACCAUCUUCAAAAGCACCACCAAUGAUGGGACAACCAAAUCAGAUGGGACAACCAAAUCAGAUAGGACAACCAAAUCAGAUGGGACAACCUAAUCAGAUGGGACAGCAACCAUAUCAACAGCCUAAUCAGGGUCAGCCACCAAACUUUGGUGCUCCACCUACAAGUACAUUAAAUGGACCACCAACAAGUAAUUAUGGAAUGCCACCUACAAGUAAUUUUGGAAUGCCCCCUACAAGUAAUUUGAGUGGACCUUCUAGUGGUAUUGGAAUGCCACCAAAUAGUAAUUUGAGUGGACCUUCUAGUGGUAUAGGGAUGCCACCAAAUAGUAAUUUUGGUGGGCAACCAGGAGGUAACUUUGGAAUGCCACCAACCAGUAAUAUGGGUGGACCACCAUCAAGUGGAUAUGGAAUGCCACCUACACCACCAAUGGGUCAAGGACCACAGAUGAAUCAACCAGGUGCAUACAUGGGUGGAUCAAUGCCAGGGCAGGGUGGAUUCCCUCCUCAGCAGUUCCCUGGACCAGGUCAACAAAGAAUGCCAGGGCCUAAUGCAAUGCAACAGCCUCAAGCUAAAAAGUUAGAUCCAGAUUCUAUGCCUAGUCCAGUACAAGUUAUAGAAGAUGACAAAUUAAAUCGUAGUGGACAAUUUCAGACUACAUCAAGAGGAAGUGUACCUCCUCUUGUCACAACAGACUUUACAACUCAGGAUCAGGGAAAUUGCAAUCCAGCAUUCAUGCGUUCAACUAUGUAUAAUGUACCAUGCACAUCAGACAUGAUGAAAAGUAGUCAUAUACCAUUUGCAUUGUCUAUAUGUCCUUUUGCCAAACUUAGAGAUGAGGAGCAACCUCCCCCAAUUGUAAACAUGGGAGAAGUAGGUCCAGUCAGAUGUAAGAGAUGUAAAGCUUACAUGGGUCCAUUCAUGACAUUUGUUGAUGGAGGACGGCGGUUCCAGUGUGUCUUCUGUGGAGCAUCUACUGAUGUUCCACAAGAAUAUUUUAAUCACCUAGAUCACACAGGAAAAAGAGUGGAUGCAUAUGACAGACCAGAAUUGUGUUUAGGAUCAUAUGAAUAUGUAGCUACAAAAGAUUAUUGUAAAAACAGUUUAUUGCCAAAGGAACCUGCCUUUAUAUUUAUGAUUGACGUGUCAUAUAAUAGUGUAAAAAGUGGUCUAGUCCAUCUCAUCUGUGAAAGAUUAAAAUCAGAUAUAUUGUCAUAUUUGCCAAAGGAUAUGGGUGCAGAAGAAUCUGAAAUUAGAGUUGGUUUUGUAACUUAUGCAAAAGAAAUACACUUUUAUAAUGUAAAGAGUAAUUUAGCUCAGCCACAAAUGUUAGUGGUAUCUGAUUUAGAAGAUGUAUUUGUACCUUUACUUGAUGGUUUCUUGGUUAAAGUAUCUGAAUCCGAAGCUGUUAUAGACAGUCUUUUAUCACAAAUCCCUCAGAUGUUUGCUGAGUCUAGGGAAACAGAAACAGUCUUAGGACCUGUUAUUCAGGCUGGUCUUGAUGCAUUAAAAUCUUCAGAUAGAACAGGAAAACUAUAUAUAUUCCACACAUCUUUACCCAUAGCUGAAGCUCCUGGCAAAUUGAAAAACAGAGACGACAGAAAAUUAUUAGGCACAGAUAAAGAAAAGACUAUAUUGACACCGCAGAACAAUUUCUACACUAAAUUGGGCCAGGAAUGUGUUGGGGAGGGUUGUAGUGUUGACUUAUUCCUGUUCCCUAACUCGUAUAUUGAUGUGGCAACAAUAAGUGAAGUCAGUCGCCUAACUGGAGGCAGUGUGUAUAAAUACAGUUACUUCCAGGCUGAUUUAGAUGGUGAUAGAUUUUUAGAAGAUUUAAGAAGAAAUGUACAGAACCAGUCAGGAUUUGAUGCCAUACUCAGAGUCAGAACAAGCACAGGUAUACGACCUGUAGAUUUCUAUGGAAACUUUUACAUGUCUAACACAACAGAUGUUGAAAUGGCUGGAGUAAAUAGUGAUGAUGCUUUAAAUGUAGAAAUUAAACAUGAUGACAAGCUAUCAGAAGGGGAUGGUGCUUAUGUCCAGGUUGCUGUGCUGUAUACUUCUGUGGGUGGUCAGAGACGAUUACGUAUUCAUAAUCUAUCUUUCAAUUGUUGUUUGCAAAUGUCAGAUUUGUUCCGUAGCUGUGAACUUGAUGCUCUUAUUAACUUUCUUGGUAAACAAGCUAUUAAAUCGUUACUGAAUAAUAAUCCAUGUCAAGUACGGGAGAGUAUAACUAAUGAUGUUGCCCAUAUAUUGGCCUGUUAUAGAAAAAAUUGUGCCAGUCCCUCAUCUGCUGGACAACUCAUAUUACCAGAGUGUAUGAAAUUAUUACCAGUAUAUGGAAACUGUGUAUUAAAGAGUGAUGGAUUAAGGGGAGGUCAAGAGAUAUCAACUGAUGACAGAAGUUAUUUAAUGUUUAUAAUGAAUUCUAUGAAUGUGACAUUUUCCAAUGUGUUCUUUUAUCCAAGGAUUUUCCCAGUUCAUGAUUUAGACGAUGAAGCUACAGAUAUACCCAUGAGUAUACGUUGUUCAGCAGAAAGAUUGAGUGAAGAUGGUGUUUAUUUAUUAGAAAAUGGUAUAUCUAUGUUCUUGUGGAUAGGACAUAAUGUUGACCCACACUGGAUACAAGAAGUAUUUAGUGUUCAAGGUGUGGCACAGAUAGAUAUAGAUAAGAGUAAAAUCCUGGACCUUGACAAUCCAGUAUCAAUUCGACUCCGUGAAGUGAUAGCUAAAGUCAGGUCACAAAGAUCAAGAUGUAUGAAGUUGACAAUAAUAAGACAAAGAGACAAGUUAGAACCCUGGUUUAACCAUUUCAUGGCAGAAGACAAAGGAACCAACGGCAGCAGUUCUUAUGUAGACUUUCUAUGCCACAUACAUAAAGAGAUUAGGAACUUAAUGAACUGAUUGUUAUUAUGGUGCAAGGACUCUUUUAUUCAUAAUUAAAUCUACCAUUCAUGCAUAUCUCAGAAUAUGUCAACAUCAUAAUAGACUAAAGAUUAUUUGCAUUAGAAUGACGAAAUCCUGGCCAAGAUAAGAAUGGAUUAUCGGAGCAUUGAUUUCGAAAAGAAUUAGAAGCUUCGAUUGUUUCAAACCAAAGGAAGAGAAAAUCUCUUAAGCUUUUGCUUUUAACCAAUUUAUUUUACACUAUUAAGAAACUGGUUUUUUUUUUACAAUAUACAUGUGAAAAAGUAAGGAGGUUCAUUGUAGAGAGACUCAUAUACCUAGUAAUAGUUGAGAAGUAUGAGAAUUCAUCAAAAGAACAGUUUUAAAAUAUUUUUGCAACAUGAGUGUAGGAAAUUAUUGCAUAAAAUAUUUGCAGUUGUACAAAAAUUUACUGUAUCAAAAAUUAAAAGCAAUUUCAUGUGAACCUCCUUUAUAAAGUAUGAAAUGAGUGAAAUAAAUUGGUUAACUAUUAUUUUGUUUUGUUGUAAUUAAAUUUAUGUCAUUUUUAAGAUAACCAGUCCAUCUAUAUUAAAGAGUUAGGGUUCUCAUAGGGGUACAAAAUCAACAUGGGGAAAACAAAUAAAACAUUACAAAUGGAGAUAUUUUAUUGAAUGUUGUGAUGAAGCAUGUAUUUCUUAUGUAUUUAUGUCUUCCUGUGAUAACCUAGUCAAAUGCAAGUAUAUAAAUUUGUAAAAAUUAUGAUCAGUCAGCUUUUUAAAAAUAGUUGAAUGUCUUUUCUUGAUACAGAUUUCAGAAAUUACAACUUUUUAAUCAAAUUACAACUAUGAAAUAGAAAUAUUCAAUAGUUUAUACUUUCAGUAGCUCUAUUUAAGAUUUUUAUUUUGUCCUUAUGAUUGGUGAAAGCAAUUUACAAACAUAGACUCAUUUAUAUGCAGUCUAAAGCAACAGUCAAUUUGGUAUAUAUACUCUCAAAUAAAAUCAUAUUAUAUUUUGUUAAAUGCUUUUCCUUCAAUCUGGUGGAUAGUUGCCGUAUUAGCUAUCAAACCAAAUCUCCAAACUUUUCUAUAGAUAAUUUAAAUCAAUAUAAUCAUAUUUUUUUUUAAUUUUCUGGCACCAUAGUGCUAUUAGAUUUUACUUUUUUGUUUAAAAAUCUAAUUUAGUUGUUGUAUUGGAAUCAGUAGUGCUUAAUGGUAAUUGGUUGUACUGUGAUGUCAGUAUUUAUUUUGUAGUAAUAAAUAUUUCCAAAAUUUUGUCUGUGUUAAUAAACGAUGGAUGGAUGGCUGUUUAACCAGUGAAUUUAUAAAAUAUACAAACAAGAAAAAUGUUUUUCAAAUAGUACAUAUACAUAGCUGCUGAAUGAUUAAAAGAUAAAGUUUGAAUUUUGAAGUGUUGUAAUACAAUCUAAGGUGAAAAAAUAAAUAUCAACAGCUUAACAAAUCUCGGAUUUAUUUUUGGAAUUAUUUAUUUCUGUAUAUAAUAAACAAUGUACUGUAUAAAUAUUUUAAUAUACUUCAGGUAAAACCAAUUAAAUUGCUAUAUUGAACGUAAGUUACCCGUAACUCUAAAAACUACUGUCAACUGUUUCAAAUCAAAAUAAACGUGUGUAGUUUUCUCUGAUAUUAAAUUCAUUUUAUGAAUUAUGGAACUGUGUCUCUUUGAAAACAUGAAAGCAAGCAUGGCAGUUGGUUUUCAAACAACUUCUGUUUGCCAUCUAAAGAUAUCCAAGAAAUUUAUUUUGCCAUGUAAACAAACAAAGUGUCUGUUUGCACACUUGUAUAAUUAAUAUAAACAAUUUAAUGAUUUAAUCAUAUUUUAUGUGCAAUAUCCUAUAAACGUAUAGUUAAUGAAGCCAUAACUGUAAUAUUAUAUUGCCUAAUGUAGGUAUUUUUUCCGAGUUAAAAAAAUAUUAAAACUAGCUGUAGGGGACAGAAAAUAGGCUCCCUGCAGUAACCAGUCUUUUAUCAAAGCAGAGAAAUUAAUCUAUACUAAAUUCCAAUAUGGAUUUAAAAUUUAGUACAAGGUUUUAAGAUAUUGAGAGUUAUCACCCUUGCUUUAACAGAGAUUACUAAUUAUUAUAGAAUUUUACAAUAGAUAAUUUCUGUAAAUUGUACAUGUAUGUUUGUGAUUGGCUGUUAUAUAUUCUGUUUGGCAUUGAAAGUAAGUUUCCCAGAAAAUGAGUUCAUUAAUGUAAAAUAAACCCAAAUCGUGUAAUUGAACCAUUACUGUGAGGUUAUUGUUUCUCUUAUGUUAUGAUGCCAUUAGAAUUACCUAGUACUGUAAAUUCAGAAUUAUUGCGUGCAUUUAUUAUUGCGAUUAUGUAAUUUUCAACUGAAAUGCGAUUUUAAUUUUUGCAAUAUUGUUAAAAAUCCUGUUUUAUUCACUUAAAAAAUGAAUAAAUGCGAGUUCAAAUCAUUGAGAUUAUAACCACAUCGCAUUUUUUGCAUUAAUAAAAACAUCGCAAUAAUUUCUGAAUUUACAGUAAUUGAGAUGUACUGUGUUCAUGUACAAAAUGUCUGUUUCUGUCUCUGAGCUCUAUCUAAUGUUUAUCUAUUUUAAAAGGUAUUUAUACAAAUAGAUUCUGUGAUAUUUUCAGAUCAUAACACAUCUUUAUUCUUUCAAAACUAUAACCUUGUAAACAGUAAAUUUUUUGUAAUCAUCGAUUAUUCUACACUUAUGUUUUCUCAAACAGCAGCACUUGAAUUUCGAAGAAAAAAAGACAUGUAUUACUAAUCCGCAGUGAGUCACCAUUUGAAGUUUCUUAUAAUGGGCUAAAGAGCUCACAUUUUGGAAAAUUCACUUAUAUGUACAAAAAAAAUAGUUUAUUGUGUACAUCCAAAAUAUAAUUUCAUUGUCAAUCAAUAAAUUAUUGCAUUUUUGAGAACAUGGUUUGCUUGUGUCAUCCCGUAAGGGAAAACAAUGUCAGUAAAUAGAUGUGGCUAAUCCUUAUCAUUAUCAGCACAAAAAUUAUAAUUCGUUAAAAGACCAAUCUGGCUUGUCCAUCAAACAUUUAAGACAUAAUAAUAUUCCACUCGCAGAAAACAAAAAUUAUUUUAGAAAAUUGAACUAAGAGAAAUAAAGAUGUAUUAUGGUCUGAAAUAAGAUUGACUUGUGACAUCUACUAGAAGAAUGAUAUUCAUAGAGUAGAUUUUUAUAAACUGUAAUAUAUGCAUGUAAGUGUUAUUUCAGCUCACCAUAAUUAAUGCUUACCUUAGCAAACCAUGUAUAUAUACCCUUAGAAAGCUGUACAGUUACAUAUGCAAUGGAUUUUAAAAUCAAUUGUCAAAAAAGAAAGAAUGGUAUGAUUGUGUAAGUUGAAUUCAUCUCUUUUGUUGGGUUGUUGUCUCUGACAUAUUCCCUAUAUCCAUUCUCAAUUUUACACGUUUUGGCUUUAAAAUCUUAAAAUCCAAAUUUUUCAAAUUCCUUUGUUUGCAGUAAUGAUAAAUUUAUAAAUCAGAAUAAAUUCAAGAUUCUUAAAACAAAAACCUGUCUUCUGUGUAUAUUUCAACAAGAUUUUGUUUGCCAAUAAUUUAUUUGACUGAAGUAUAUUUUUUUUGUUGCUGUAUCUUGUUAUAUUUGUGGUUCAGGAGUGAUAGUGUGAAUGCUGACCUGUAAAUGAUGUAUAAAUGGCAAUAAAUUAUAAAUAACAUA